CGCCCCGGCGAGUACGGCCCGCCCCGCGGGGUGGAGCUCACGCCUGCGCAGUGAGGCCGGCGGCGCGGGAGAAGCGGUGCAUUGUGGGAGCCCCGCGGGUCCGCGUGGUCUUCCGCGUCGCGGGGAGCGCCGUGCGCUGCUCGGGGGUGCCGGGCGCUGGUCCGGCGCGCAGUUAGUCCAAGACCGGGGGCCGAGAGGAAGCGCUGGAAUCUGGAGUUCUCCCUGGAGUUCUAUCCGCGCCGCCUGGAGAGCGCAUCUGCCCGGCCCGGCGACCGCCGCUCCCGCGCACCGCCCUGGAGCCGCUGAAGGACGUCCACCUGGGCCUGGCUCCGCCCGGCCGCGGCCCCGCUCGCCUGGCCCUCCUCUCGGGCCACUACCUCUACUACCACUACGGCUGCGACGGCGUGGACGAUCGGGGCUGGGGCUGCGGCUACCGUACUCUGCAGACGCUGUGCUCAUGGCCAGAGGGCCGGCCGGCGGGCGUACCGGAACUGGCUGCAGUGCAGGCGGCCCUGGAGGACAUGGGCGACAAGCCCCCCGGGUUCCGGGGCUCUCGGAGCUGGAUCGGCUGUGUAGAGGCCAGCCUCUGCCUCGACCACUUCGGGGGGCCCCAAGGGCGCCUGUGUCACGUGCCCCGUGGAGCAGGGCUUCGGGGAGAACUGGAGAGGCUUUAUUCCCACUUCGCAGAGGACGGGGGGCCUGUAAUGGUUGGAGGCGAUGCGGAUGCCCAGUCCAAGGCCUUGCUGGGAGUGUGCCUGGGGCCAGGCACGGAAGCCUACGUCCUGGUAUUGGAUCCUCACUGCUGGGGUGCUCCCAAAAACCCCAGUGAACUGCAGGCUGCUGGGUGGGUGGGCUGGCAAGAGGUAAGCACAGCAUUUGACCCCAACUCCUUCUACAACCUGUGCUUGACCAGCUGUAACUCGGAAAAGCUGUGGCCCACCUUGGACUGAGGCUAAGGUCCCAGAACUGAGCUGUCUCUAGCUCUGUACACGUUCAUCUAUCCCCAUCUCAAAGGCAGAGGCUGCCUGAUGUCAGACCCCCAGGAAGUCCCAGCAGAGCCUGGGACCUUUGGUGUUAAUAAAGUGGCAAGACCCAACUAA